AAAACAACAAGAUUAGCUGCCAAGUGCCAACUUGAGUAAAAGUUUUUUUUCGCUUUCCUUCAGGGCUCGAAGCAAAAUCUAUGGUUUUCUAAAAGUUUAUUCCUUCAAAAUCCUUUUUUUGUUUUUGAAUAAAAAUCUGCAGCGGCUACACUCUUCAAAGUGCCGAACGAUGGUCAUGAACAUGAGACGCCAUGGCUGGCAACGCCCUCUCCACCCUCUACAGAUGGUGGGAAUGGCGGUGUACAGUUUUCUGGUGGUGGCUUUUUAUACUUUUUUAGGCCUAUUUCUCGGAAACAGAAUUGCUGAAAUCACUAUAACCACGAUCUUUUCCUUUGUGGCACUUUCAGUUAUGUUUUUAUUUAUAAGGUGUACCGCAAUUGACCCUACUGAUAAGACCAGCUUUAGGAAGAAGAAAAGGGCCAAAUCUAAUGGGUUUGCAAAGCUAAAUUAUGGAUUUAUAUUGGGACAACUUGUGGUGAGGUUUUUCAGAAGAGUGGAGAGGAAGAUACUUAAAGCUUUUAUAAGAAGAAAGUAUCUGGAUCCUUUGAAGACUAGUACUCAAUUGGAACCAUUGCUCCCAUUUCCCCUUGUUAUGAAAGAUGAUGCGAUUUCACCUGACCUUAAAGAGGAUGACAUUUCAUUUUGCUCCUUAUGCGAUUUUGAGGUGAAAAAGCAUAGCAAGCAUUGUAGGACUUGUAAUCGGUGUGUUGAAGGGUUUGAUCACCAUUGCAGGUGGUUGAACAAUUGUGUUGGGAAAAGGAAUUACACGACGUUCAUUCUUCUAAUGGUUUUCGUCUUGUUAAUGCUAAUUAUGGUAGGAGGAACUGCCAUUGCCAUAUUCGUCAGAUGCUUUGUGGAUAAGAAAGGAAUAGAACGAGAGCUGGAGAAGAGGCUGUAUAUAGAGUUCCCAAGAGGGGUUCUGGCCACCAUAUCAGUUUUCUUGGUCCUAAUGACAGCUUACGGAACAGCAGCAAUGGGACAACUUUUCUUCUUUCACGUGGUUCUCAUUAGGAAGGGAAUGAGAACGUAUGAUUAUAUCUUGGCCAUGAAAGAGCAGAAUCAAUUUCCAGAACUAGAUGAUGAUUCAGACUACUCUUCAGAUGACAGUGACUUCGAUUCACCAGAAAGAUCGACAUUUGUGUCAAGAUUUAUAUGCAGAGGACAUAAUAGGAUAAAUCAGAAUCCAGCUGUUUUGUCUGUGAGAAUUGAUGGAGAUCCCAAACCUUCCACCUUUACUAAGAAACAAGGCUUUCAUGUAAGCAUCAACCCUUGGAAGCUGAUAAAGCUGAGUAGAGAGAAAGCUCUACUAGCAGCAGAAAAGGCUAGAGAAAGGCUCAUGAGACAAAAGCCAAAGAUGGAACAUGAUUCUUUACAGCCACUACCAUUGGAGACAAAAUAUGGGCCACUUAUGAAGCCGGAUACGAAUUUGGCAAAUACGGGAUCAGGCACAACGCCUCUUAUUUCUAUAGAAAGGUUUACUGGGUCACCGGUUAUGUUUUCAAGCCCAAGAAGGCGAUUUUCAAGCUCCCCAACUAGGUUAUCCGGCGUGGUUCCAUCACCAAAGUACAAAUACAAAAGCAAUUUUGACUUGAAGUUAACAGAGGUGUCAAGAGAACUGGAAACCCACAUUUCAAGGCAGGUUUUAUAUUCUGCUAUAAAGAAGGAUGGGAGUGAGGCAUCCCCAAGAUAGGAAUGAAUCUUCUCUGAGUUUCUGGGUUCUCAGCCUUUGAGAAAAUAUUCAUAGAAUGUUUGUGUAAUUCUUGAUCAUGAUUGUCUUUUAUUAAAAUUGAAAU